CUCUUACUUAUCAGAACUAUCGUCCAAUGCAUUGGUCUACCUGCCUCGCUCUGCCGUUUUCCCUUUCAUUUGUGGCGGGAGUUUCUGCCUUCAAUCCAAGGGCAUAUGCUAUCCAGUCCACUAGUUGCAAAGCUGUGGAUCGCGCCCUGAACGAGGAGGUCAAUAUUACAAUUGAUUAUGUAGACGUCAACCCAACCGCGGAAAAGAGCAUCAUCAUGGUUCACGGCUGGCCCAGUCUUUGGAGCUCCUGGGGGUACCAGAUCGACGAGUUCAAGGAUGAGUAUCGCAUGAUUGCCAUCGACGUUCGUGGUUUCGGAGGUUCAACGCACCCCGCUGAUGUUCAGUCGUCCAGUACAUUGGCCGAUAUCACUGGCGAUCUCACUUGUGUUCUCGAACAUGUUGGGAUCGAAACUACUAUUUGUCUCGGUCACGACUGGGGUGCUGAAGUCUGCUACGAGGCCGCGAGGAGACGACCUGAUAUCUUUUAUGCCUUGGUUGGCGUGACCGUUCCGUAUUUGCACGCUGCUGGACCCUUUGCGGACAGCUCUCAGCUCUCAGCAGUCAUGCCCAAGCUAGCCUACCAGGUUUUCUUCGAGAACCGCACGGCAGAAGCCGUCGCUGAACUGAAUAAGGAUGUCAGGAAAAGCCUACGCGCGACUUUGCGCACAGUAAACAGUGCCCCUCCAGAUAGCUUCCUCACAAGCACAAGUUCUUAUCUCACUGCGUAUGAUAAUGUGACGGAGAUUCCUUCAAUCCCAUUCUUCACCUCGGAUGAUGAAGAUUAUUUUGUCGAACGAUUCAGCAUGCAGAAAUUUGACCAUACUCUCAUAUUCUACACUCGCGGAAACCGCUAUGGAGCAUGGCAAUCUACUCAAGCUCAAGGAAAUUACACCAUUCCCCAGCCCGUCUUAUCUGUUUUACCUCUACAUGAUCCUGUCGCAGUCUGGGUGUUCGCUGCAAAUUACUUGAAAUCUGCGGCGUUCCUGCCACAACUGACGACCAAGACGAUGGAAGGCGCCCAUUGGCCCCACCUCGAGUACCCACAAGUAUUCAAUGGCAUUCUCAGAGCAUGGUUGGAGACCUUGGAGCAUUCGCUCACCCCAGCCCAGCGGGUCUUCUCGGACGAAUUGUAAUCUACGACCUAUUCCAUAAACUUAUUCACAAUUCAAGGACUCAGGAACGUAGGGUAGACACUCAAGGACAAGUGUAUAAUAGCAAUAGCAAGCA